CAUGUUCCAGUGGCACACUACGUAAUCAUUCCCGGGAAUUGAUGCACAAUACAAAUCUUUCACAAUGAAAUCUUCGUUGAUUUUUUUUAUUGUGGCGCUCCUGUUUAUCGUAUCCGUGUCAUCCGCUGAAGAAAAAUGUAUUGAGAAUCAAAGAUAUGACACCUGUGGUUCGCACUGUCCAGCAACGUGCUUCGUGGAUGUUAUACCUUGCUCCGACGAAUGUGUAAUGGGUUGUGUCUGUAUCGAUGGAUACGUGCGAAACGACAACAAUGAAUGCAUUCCCAAAUCUCAGUGUCCGCAACAGAAUAAUCAUUGCGAAUUACGCAUUCGUGUAAUGUCUUUGACGAUGAAAUCUGCGCAAGCUGUUUUCAUUAUAGUCCUCAUAACAUUUGCCCUGUUUGGCGUUUACUCUGAAGAAUGUGGCCCAAACGAAUACUACAAUGAGUGUGGACCUUUUAAAGAAAAAUAUUGCUUCGCACCGAAAAAGGAAAUCAUCGGAAAUUGCGUCGCAGGGUGCUUCUGUGGACAGGGCUACAUAAGAAAACUGGAAGGUGAAGAAUGUAUUUCGUUGGACUACUGUCCACCUUUUCUUCCGAUGGAAUAAAUCAAGUUCGUUCGCAUGGACUUUCAUAACAGCAAUAUACAACAA